AAACGCGCAGAACAAGGAGGCACCGGCGCCAGACGCCGCAGGGACCUGACGGGACAGGACAGAGGCUGAGCGCUGCAGCCGGGCAACUGGACCAAUCUAGACCAGCAACUGCCGCAGCAUCAACGCGGCUCCCAUGGAAGCUGCAAAUGGAACUCAUGGGAAGCACGGCACCUCCACCGGGAAUGAAGGUCUCUCAAGCCAGAACUCACAGUCAGAGCGCAGGGCUUCUCUUGCUGGGCAGAAAAGGAAGAUUCAUGAAGAAGAUGAAGAAGAACUCUUUAAGAUGCGUGCAAAGCUUUUUCGAUUCACCUGCGAAAACGGCCUUCCAGAAUGGAAAGAGCGAGGUACCGGCUACGUGAGGCUGCUGAAAGACACUAGGAAAGGAACAAUUCGCCUCGUUAUGAGAAGGGACAAAACUUUGAAGAUAUGUGCAAAUCACUAUUUAACACCAUUUAUGGAGCUUAGGCGGAAUACGUGGUGUAAAAGGACCUGGGUCUGGAACACACCUGCGGACUUCGCUGAUGAAAUUCUUAAGCCGGAAGUGCUAGCGAUUCGAUACAUAAAUUCAGAAAACGCCCAAAGGUUUAAGGUAAAAUUUGAAGAAUGUAGAGUUGAACUACAAGAUAGAGAAGAGGGACAAGCAUCGGAGAAACCUGACAAAGGAUCCCAAAAGCCAGAAGUGACAGAAGACAACCAAGGAGAGCCCAAGUGCCAGGGAAUAUUGCAAGAGGCAGAACUCAUUUUGGUAGAAGAUUGUCCACAAGAGCCUGUGUGUCUCGACACAAUAUUUCAAAAGCCACAGGAGUUUAUAAUGAAAGAAGACAGCCAUGAGGAGCAGGAGAGCCAGGAAGUAGAAGACAGCCAGCCUGAGAGUACGGAAACAGACAUCCACAGGAAGCCUGAGAGUUCAGAAAUAGAAGACACCCUAGAGGAGCCUGAAAGCCAAGAAAUGGAAGACACCCUGGGGGAACUCGAAAGCCCCCGAAUGGAAGACAGCCAAGAGGAGCCCGAAAGCCAGGAAAUGGAAGACACCCUGGGGGAGCCCGAGAGUCAGAAAAUGGAAGACAGCCUAGAGGAGCCCGAAAGCCAGGAAAUGGAAGAUACCCAGGGGGAACUUGAGGGCCCCCAAAUGGAAGAUAGCCAAGAAGAGCCUGAGAGCCAGGAAAUGGAAGUCACUCAGGAGGAACCUGAGAGCCAAGGGGAAUCUGAGAGCCCAGAAAUAGAAGCCAGCCAAGAGGAACCUGAAAGCCAGGAGAUGGAAGUCUCCUGGACAAAGCCUGAGAGUCUACAGAUGAAAGACAGCCUCAAGGGCCCUGAAAUCCAGGAAACAGGAGACAGCCAAGAGGAGCCUGAAAGUCAGGAAAUAGAAGACAGCCAAGAGGAGCCAGAGAGCCAGGAAAUGGGAGACAGCCUAGAUGAGCCUGAGAGCCGGGGAAUGGAAGACGCCCGCGGGAAACGCAAGAGCCAAGAAAUGGAAGCCAUGCGGGGGAAGCGCAAGACUCAAGAAAUGGAAGACACCUGGGGGAAACGCAUGAGCCGGGAAUCGAGAGGCAGCCGAGAGAAGCCCAAGAGUCAGGAAAUGGAGGACGCAUGGGCGAAGCUUGGGAGCCUACUAGUGAAAGAGGAACCUGAGAGUCAGAAAAUGUACGAUGCCCGCGGGAAGCCUGCGACCCCUGAAAUGAAAGACAAAAAAGAGGAGCCUGAGAUUCAGAAAAUGGCAGUCUCCUGGGCAAUGACUGAGAGACCACAAAUGAAAGACACAGAGGAGUCUGAAAGAGAAAAAACAGAAGACACCCAAAGAAAGUCAGAGAUCCCCAAAUUGGAAAUCGGCCAAGAGGAGCCUGAGAGUCGGAGGAAAGUCAGCAAAGAGCCUGAGCGUCACAAAAUGGAAGUCGCCUGGGCGAAGCCUGAGAUCCCACAAAAGAGAAUCAGCCAAGAGGUGCCUAGCAGGAGAAUGUCAAUUGCUCCGGGUAAGCUUGAGAGCCUCAAAACCAAAGAGAGCCAAGAGGAGCCUGAAAGCCAGGAAACAGAAGAAACCCAAGGGGAGCCUGAGAGCACCGAAAUUGAAGAGAGUCAAGAAGAACCUGGGCGUCAGAAAAUAGAAGUUACCCAGGGAGAGCCUGAAAGCCAGGAAACAGAAGAGACCCAGGAAGAACCUGAGAGCCAGGAAACAGAAGAGACCCAGGAAGAGCCUGAGAGCCAGGAAAUUGAAGAGAGCCUAGAAGAGCCUGAGAAGGAGGAAAUGGAAGACAUCACAGGAAAACGAAAGAGUCAGGAAAUGGAAGAGAGCCCAGAAGAGCCCAAGAGCCAAGAAAUGGAAGAGAGCCAAGAGGAACCCGAGGAGGAAAUAGACAUCCCAGAGAAGCGCAAAAGCCAGGAAAUUGAAGAGAGCCAAGAGGAACCAGAGAAAGAAGAAAUAGAAGACACCUGGGGGAAACGCAGAAGCCAGGCAAGGGAAGCCUCCUGGAGAAAAAGCAAAAGCCUGGAACUGGAAGACAUUCCAAGAAAGCGCAGUAGUCGGGAAAUUGAAGAAAGCCAAGAAGAGCCUGAAGAAGAGAGUUUAGAGGAGCCUGAGGGAUUGAAAAUGGAAGACGCCUAUAGGAAAAGCAAGAGCUUAGAAAUGAAAGACAUUCCAAGGAAGCGCAGUAGUUGGAAAACGGAAGAGAGUGAAGUGGAGCCUGAGAGCACAGAAAUGGAAGAGAGCCCAGAGGAGCCAGAAAGAGAGGAAAUGGAAGAUGAAGGGGAGAAGCGAAGAAGUACAGGAAGGGAAGCCAUGUGGAGGAAAAGCAAAAGCAUGGAAAUGGAAGACAUCCCAAGUAAGCGCAGUAGCCGGGAAAUGGAAGAGAGUGAAGAGGAGCCUGAGACCCGGGAAAGAGAAGACACUUAUAGGAAAAGCAGAAGCCUAGAAAUGGAAGACAUCCCAAGGAAACGCAGUAGCCGGGAAAUGGAAGAGAGCCUAGAAGAGCCGGAAGGCCUGGAAAUGGAAGAAAGUGAAGAGGGUCCUGACAGAAGAGAAAGAGAAGACACCUAUCGGAAAAGCAGAAGCAUAGAAAUGGAAGACAUUCCAAGGAAGCGCAGUAGCUGGGAAAGGGAAGUGAGUGAAGCAGAGCCUGAAAGCGCGGAAAUGGAAGAGAGCCUAGAGGAGCCAGAAAGAGAAGAAAUGGAAGGCACAGGGGAGAAGCGCAGAAGUACGGGAAGGGAAGCCUCUUGGAGAAAAAGCAAGAGCCUAGAAAUGGAAGACAUUCCAAGGAAGCGCAGUAGCCGGGAAAUGGAAGAGAGCCCAGAGGAGCUUGAGGGACCAGAAAUGGAGGAGAGCCUAGAGGAGCCAGAAAUGGAGGAAAUGGAAGACAUAGGGGAGAAGCACAAAAGUACAGGAAGGGAACCCUCCUGGAGGAAAAGCAAAAGCCUGGAAAUGGAAGACAUCCCAAGUAAGCGCAGUAGCCGAGAAAUGGAAGAGAGCCCAGAGGAGCUUGAGAGCGCAGAAAUGGAAGAGAGCCUAGAGGAGCCAGAAAGAGAGGAGAGGGAAGAUGAAGGGGAGAAGCGCAGAAGUACAGGAAGGGAAGCCUCCUGGAGGAAAAGCAAAAGCCUAGAAAUAGAAGACAUCCCAAGUAAGCGCAGUAGCCGGGAAAUUGAAGAGAGUGAAGAGGAGCCUGAGAUCCGGGAAAGAGAAGACACCUAUAGGAAAAGCAGAAGCCUAGAAAUGGAAGGCAUUCCAAGUAAGCGCAGUAGCCGAGAAAUGGAAGAGAGCCCAGAGAUGGAAGAGAGCCUAGAGGAGCCAGAAAGAGAAGAAAUGGAAGACAGAUGGGAGAAGCGAAGAAGUACAGGAAGUACAGGAAGAGAAGCCUCCUGGAGGAAAAGCAAAAGUCUGGAAAUAGAAGAUAUCCCAAGUAAACGCAGUAGCUGGGAAAUAGAAGAGAGCCCACAGGAACCUGAGAGCCAGGAAAUGGAAGAGACUAAAGAGGAGCCACAGAGGCAGGAAUCUCCAGAAAUGGAAGUUACAAGAGAAGAACCAGAGAGCCAGGAAAUGGAAGAGAGUCAAGAAGAGCCAGAAGGAGAGGAAAUGGAAGACAUUCCAAGGAAGCGCAGUAGUCAGGAAAGGAAAGACACCUGGAGGAAAAGCAAAAGCUUGGAAUUGGAAGACAUCCCAAGAAAGCAUAGUAUACAGGAAAUGGAAGAGAGUAUAGAGGAGCCAGGAAGCGAGGAAAUGGAAGAGAGUCAGGAAGAGCCAGAAAGAGAGGAAAUGGAAGACAUGGGGGAGACACGCAGAAGUACAGGAAGGGAAGCCUCCUGGAGGAAAAGCAGAAGCCUGGAAAUGGAAGACAUCCCAAGGAAACGCAGUAGCCGGGAAAUGGAAGAGAGUCCAGAGGACCAUGAGAGACUGGAACUGGAGGAGAGUGAACUAGAGGAACCAGAGAGCCGGGAAAGAGAAGACACCUAUAGAAGAAGCAGAAGCCUGGAAAUGGAAGAAAUUCCAAGGAAGCGCAGUAGCCGGGAAAUAGAAGAAAGUGCAGAAGAGCAUGAGAGCCCAGAAAUGGAAGAGAGCCUAGAGGAGCCAGAUAGAGAGGAAAUUGAAGACACAAUGGAAGAGCGCAGAAGUACAGGAAGGGAAGGUUCCUGGAGGAAAAGCAAGAGUCUACAAAUGGAAGACAUCCCAAGUAAGCACAGUAGCCGGGAAAUGGAAGAAAGUGAAGGGGAGGAGCCUGAGAUGCGUGAAAGAGAAGACACCUAUAGGAAAAGCAGAAGCCUAGAAAUGGAAGAGAUUCCAAGGAAGCGCAGUAGCCAAGAAGUAGAAGAGAGCCCAGAGGAAAGUGAGAGCCUGGAAGUAGAAGAGAGUGAACUAGAGAAACCUGACAUUGAAGAGAAGCGAGGGAGUCAAGAAAGGAAACCCUCCUGGAGGAUAAGCAAAAGCUUAGAAGUGGAACACAUCCCGAGUAAACGUAGUACGUGGGAGGGCCUAGAAGUGGAAGAGAGCCAAGAAGAGCAUGAAAGCCCAGAAAUGGAAGAGAGCCUAGAGGAACCAGAAAGAGAGGAAAUGGAAGACACAUGGGAGAAGCGCAGAAGUACAGGAAGGGAAGCAUCCUGGAGGAAAAGCAAAAGUUUUGAAAUGGAAGACAUCCCAAGAAAGCGCAGUAGCCGGGAAAUUGAAGAGAGUGAAGAAGAGCCUGAGACCCGGGAAAGAGAAGACACCUAUAGAAGAAGCAGAAGCCUGGAAAUGGAAGAAAUCCCAAGUAAGCGAAGUAGCUGGGAAAGGGAAGUGAGUGAGGAGGAGCCUGAGACCCGGGAAAGAGAAGACACCUAUAGAAGAAGCAGAAGUCUGGAAAUGGAAGAAAUCCCACAGAAGCACAGUAGCAGAGAAAUUGAAGAGAGUGAAGGGGAGCCUGAGACCCGGGAAAGAGAAGACACCUAUAGGAAAAGCAGAAGCCUGGAAAUAGAAGAUAUUCCAAGGAAGCGCAGUAGUCGAGAAAAGGAAGAGAGCCCAGAGGACCUUGAGGGCCCAGAAAUGGAAGAGAGCCUAGAGGAGCCAGAAAAAGAGGAAAUGGAAGACAGCUGGGAGAAGCCCAGAAGUAUAGGAAGAGAAGCCUCAUGGAGGAAAAGCAAAAGUCUAGAAAUGGAAGAAAUCCCAAGUAAGCGCAGUAGCUGGGAAAUGGGAAAGAGUGAAGUGGAGCCUGAGAGCGAAGAAAUUGAAGAAAGCCUAGGAGAGCCAGAAAGAGACAAAAUGGAAUCUAUAGGAGAGAAGCGAAGGAGUACAGGAAGGGAAGCCUCCUGGAGGAAAAGUAGGAGCCUGGAAAUAGGAGAAUUCCCAAGUAAGCGCAGUAGCUGGCAAAUGGAAGAAAGUGAAGAAGAGCCUGAGAUCCGGGAAAGAGAAGACACCUAUAGGAAAAGCAGAAGCCUGGACAUAGAAGAAAUACCACGGAAACGGAGUAGCAGAGCUAUUGAAGAAAGUGCAGAGGAGCCUGAGAUGUGGGAAAGAGAGGACAGCUACAGAAAAAGCAGAAGCCUGGAAAUGGAAGCUAUUCCAAGGAAGCGAAGUAGCUGGGAAAGGGAAGAGAUGGAAGAAGAGGAGCCUGAGAGUCAAGAAAGAGAAGACACUUAUCGAAAAAGUAGAAGUCUAGAAAUGGAAGACAUCCCCAGUAAGCGUAGCAGCCGGGAAAUGGAAGAGAGUGAAGUGGAGCCUGAGAGCACAGAAAUAGAAGAGAGCCUAGAGGAGCCAGAAAGAGAGGAAAUGGAAGACAUGGGGGAGACACGCAGAAGUACAAGAAGGGAAGGCUCCUGGAGGAAAAGCAGGAGCAUGGAAAUGGAAGACAUCCCAAGGAAGCGCAGUAGCCGGGAAAUGGAACAGAGUGAAGAGGAGCCUGAGACGAGGGAAAGAGAAGACACCUAUAGGAAAAGCAGAAGUCUGGAAAUGGAAGAUAUUCCAAUGGUGCGAAGAAGCCAGGAAAUGGAAGAGAGCCCAGAGGAGCAUGAGACCCCAGAACGAGAAGAGAGCCUAGAAGAGCCAGAAGGAGAGGAAACAGAAGACAUAGGGGAGAAGCGCAGAAGUACAGGAAGGACAGCAUCCUGGAGGAAAAGCAGAAGCCUAGAAAUGGAAGUAAUCCCAAGUAAGCGCAGUAGUUGGGAAAGGGAAGAGAGUGAAGCAGAGCCUGAGAGCCGGGAAAGAGAAGACACCUAUAGGAAAAGCAGAAGCCUGGAAAUGGAAGACAUUCCAAGUAAGCGCAGUAGCCGAACAGUGGAGGAGAGUACAGAGGAGAUUGAGACCCCAGAAAUGGAAGAAAGCAGAGAGGAGCCAGAAAGAGAGGAAAUGGAAGACAUCUGGGAGAAACGCAGAAGUACAGGAAGGACAGCAUCCUGGAGGAAAACCAAGAGUCUGGAGAUGGAAGACAUCCCAAGUAAGCGCAGUAGCUGGGAAAUGGAAGAGAGUGAGGAGGAGCCUGAGACCAGAGAGAGAGAAGACACCUAUAGGAAAAGCAGAAGUCUGGAAAUGGAAGAUAUUCCAAGACUAGGCACUAGCCGGGAAAUGGAAGACAGUGCAGAAAUAGAAGGCAGGUUAGAGGAACCAGAAAGAGAGGAAAUGGAAGCCAUCUGGGAGAAGCGAAGAAGUACAGGAAGAGAAGGCUCCUGGAGGAAAAGCAAGAGUCUUCAGAUGGAAGACAUCCCAAGUAAACGGAGUAGCCGGGAAAUGGAAGAGAGUGAAGAAGAACCUGAAAGCCGGGAAAGAGAAGACACCUAUAGGAAAAGCAGAAGCCUAGAAAUGGAAGACAUGCCAAGGAAGCGCAGUAGUAGGGAAAGGGAAGCCUCCUGGAGGAAAAGCAAAAGUUUGGAAAUGGAAGAUAUUCCAAAUAGGCACAUUAGCCGGGAAAUGGAAGACAGUGAAUUGGAACCUGAGACUUGGGAACGAAAAGUCACCUACAGAAGAAGCAGAAGCCUGGAAAUUGAAGAAAUCCCAAGGAAGCGCAGUAGCAGAGAAAUGGAACAGAGUGAAGAGGAGCCUGAGGCCCGGGAAAGAGAAGACACCUAUAGAAGAAGCAGAAGCCUGGAAAUGGAAGAAAUCCCAAGUAAGCGCAGUAGCUGGGAAAGGGAAGUGAGUGAGGAAGAGCCUGAGACCCAGGAAAGAAAAGACACUUAUAGAAGAAGCAGAAGCCUGGAAAUGGAGGACAUCCCAAGUAAGCGCAGUAGCUGGGAAAGGGAAGUGAGUGAAGCUGAGCCUGAGACCCAGAAAUGGAAGAGAGCCUAGGGAGCCAGAAGGAGAGGGAAUGGAAGACACCUGGGAG